GAAACGACACGACGGGAGAUUGGCGGGGGUGUUGGAUUUCAGGGGACCCUCGGUGCAGCAUUCACAAACGAUCAACUAGGCGUGCGUACAUAAGGACAAACCAUCAUGAAGGGGUUGAUGUGGAAGCGAGGUUACACCUUUCCUACCAUGAAGCGCGUGUUUUGUGUGCUGGAAGGGUCCAUGCUGUCUGUGUACGGGUCCGAGAACGAGUUUGACCGAGGUCAUACACCGCAAAAAGUCGUCGAGAUCACUCAGGUGCAGUUGUGGGACGGCCGGUCCACGUUCAAGCAUUACGACCACGGGUUUAUCCUCGUGGCGUUGGGCGGCAAGUCGUACCAGUGCAGUGUCGACUCGUCCUUGCUCCAAAAGGAAUGGAUUCAUGCGAUUCAAUCGUCGCUGGAAGAACCGUAUCGCAUCGUAGCCGACGAAAUCAUCGACGCCCAACGAGACUUGAAUUCAGAAGUCAAAGAGGAGCGCGACAUGGCCUCCAUCGCGGCAGAAGCCGUCCAACGGGCGGAAGUGGCAUCCCGUGCCAUUCGCGGAGGCGAAGAACACAUCCAGUUGCUCCGUGAAAAGCAGGCAGGUCUAGCCCAAAAGGCCCGCGACACCACCGACGAGAUGCACGACGCCGAGCGAAAAGCAGCCGACACACUGGAAAAGUCCAAAGCUGCCAAGCAAGCAGCGCACGAUGACAUCCUUCGGAAUGCUGUGCAGCCUGGACAAAUGUCGGAAACAUUCAAGAAGGACGCAGCCAAGCUCUCGGCCCUGUACGAAGUGGAAAUGAACGUCGUGUCCACGUUGCAAAAAGCCAUCCACGACAUCCACGCAGACAUGGCAGAGCUGGAGCGUUCGAUUGCGGACGCUGUCGCAGACGUGGCGGCGAUGAAAACGAAUGCCGAACAGACGAUUCAACAAGCAACGGGGGCCAUUCAUUCCGCGCAAACCGCCAAAGUCAAAGUCAAGUUGCGGCUGGCGUCGUGGACAUCCAGCCAUUCGCACGUGGACUCGCUCGCCCAAGGGUACUUGCGUGUGAAAAAUACCCUUCGCCCGAAAAUGCACCGCAAGUACUUUGUCUUGUUUGGGAAGACGCUGUGUUGGUACAAGAACGCCGACGAUUACUUUCAAAACAUCCGGUCGCCACUGGGGGUGGUCCACGUAGCGGGGCCCAUCAAGGACUGGACCGGCAAAGUCGGACUGACGACAUACCCGAAUGCGUUUUCGAUUCCCACGGUCGAGGGCAAGGAAUUGCAUGUGAGUGCGAGCGUGGCCAACGAAGUGUCGACGUGGAGCGUAGCCAUCCUCACCGGCGCCACGAUGAUUCCCAUGUCCCCCGAGCGCGCGCGAGAUGCCAAAGUCCGCCGCGAUUCGUUCGACUUGACAUCGCCCCCCGCGCACACGCAUCGCAUGAGCUUCUUCGCGCCGACGUCGGACCGACUGCUGGAUGCCCCGUUCUCGGUCAAAAAGGACAAGGGGGACGAGUCUUCAGACAAACCCGACGUCGUGGUGGUCGAGGGAAGUUUGGUCAAGCAAGGCCACUUUGUGCCAACCAUGAAGCGAAAGUACUGUGUGGUCGUGGGCGUGCAUAUCUACUUUUUCGACAGCCACGAGCAGUACGUGGCCUUGAAAGCCGAGAACGGGGCUCUGUCCCCAGACACAACGACCGUGUCGUGCUCGGAACUAGUGCGCGUCAACGACUGGGACGGCAGUCUCCUCCUCAUGACGUACCCCCACGCAUUUCAAAUCGACACGUUGCAUCACGCGCACAUCCUCUGCAGCGCCGCCAGUGCCAAAGAGAAGGAGCGGUGGAUGAAGGGCAUCCGGACGGCCAUCGGCCAUCACGUCGCAAGCGCCCGCGCCGUCGGGUCCCUCGAUUCGUUCCACCACGUCGCAGACGAGUCCAAGGUACCGCUGACCGACCAGGCGCGCGCCGUGCUCGAGUUCGAGACCAUCCUGGCCGAUUACUUCCACCAGCACAACUCUGCCAAGGAAGAAGACGUGUACGUAAUGACCAAGCUGUUCCAAGGCCGCGAAGGCGAGCUGCUCAAGCACCUGGACGACAUGUACAUCACGUCGUUGGCCAAAGAUCACGCGUCGCUGGUGGCGAAACUGACCAAGUACCACGCCGCGAAACUGGCCGACAACAGCGCCAUCGAAACCGACGGGCUGCUUCCGCAUUUGGAGGGCAUCUUGACCUACGACGUGCCGGCGCUGUUGACGACAUCCAAAGUCCGAGUGUACGCCGUGGUACUCGGCAACAAGCUGCUGCACUUUUCUACGCGCAUUGCAGCGCUCACAGAGCCCGACCACCCCACGGACACGAUCGUGUUUGUAGCCGCCCAAGCAUCGCCGGACGCCCCGCUGAAAUUGGAGAUUGUCGAUCCCCAAGGCGUCCAGCGAGUGUACGAUGCAGCGUCCACUGUCCAGCGAGACCACUGGAUUCGCACCAUGCACCUCGGACUGGAGUACGCCCGCGCGCACCGCCAGCGCGCGACGCUCAAAGUGAGCGAAAGCACGACGCUGCACGAAAUUCUCGACAUUCCGUUCAGUGACGAGUGCAGCCCCGAAAGCGCCGAGUUCAAGCAACUGAUGGUGGCGUACUACGAGGAACACAACCCGGACGGUCUGGCCAGCGUGGAGGCGCUUUUGAUGCACUUUCGAGGCAAAGAGCACUUGUUGUUGGCGUCGCUCGAUAAAAUGUACGGCACCACCUUAGUGGCCAACGAUCACAUGACCAAACUGUGUGCGGCGAUGUCUGCGUACUCGUCUGACACGGCACUCCGGACAGCAGCCGCGCCAGGGUCGUGGCGCCACAGCUUGUCCUGCGACGGAUCUCUUCCGCACCACAAAAAGGCGGGGUUUGUCAUGAUCAAGUGCUCGCCGACGAUGCCCCAGCUUAAAAAGUGCUACUGCGUCGUGGAAGGGGCCAGCUUGACAUGCUACGCCGGCGUGGACAUGGCGCACGUGCUGCUCGGCCCUUGGCAGAUCGACAACGUGUCGAUGGGCGACGGGCAGUUCAGCAUGUACAUUGACACAUCGGCAGACACGAACGUGUUUGCGCAGCUACCGACCGAAGUCGAGUUCCACGGAUGGCUAUCUGCGUGCCACGUAGCGAUUGCGACCCAUCACGUGACGGUCCUGAACGAGUCUCCGCUGGCAAAGUACCUAUUGGCGUUUUAUGCGAAAACCAAUCCAGCCAAGGGGGGCGACGUGCCGCUGUUGCUCGACUCGUUCGCGGGGCGAGAAAUGGAUUUGUUGGCCAAGAUCGACGCCGUGUACCACACCUCGUUGUCGACGGACCCGGAAGUGAUAUCCUUGUUGCCCCCAACUUCAGCAUCUCCUUCCACCGUCCCCACGACCGCCACCGUAGACCCUACCCCCCUCAUUCAAGGAUACAUCAUGAAGAAAGGCUACGAGAUGCCGUCCAUGUCGAAAUUCUACGCCGUCCUCCGUGGCCACAUGUUGCAUGUGUUUGACACGAAAGAAGACGCGGUUGCAAAUACCGCCGGCCGUCCGCCCAAGGAACUGGCGGCUGUGACCGAGUGGACGGGCAGCACGCAUGACAAGUACCGGUUUGGCUUGGAGCUGGUCACGACAGCACAUCGCACGUACUUUAUCGCAUUCGAUUCGGACGAGUCCAAGGUGCACUGGACAAGUGCGAUCCAGCACGGGUUGGCGCUGCAGCGUCUGGCGACUCGCAUUGCGUCGGGGGCGCUGCAAAGCGACACGACGAAGGCCAUUCGCGACAAGAUCGUUCAUUCGUACAGCCACGUGAGCCAGCAUUUCGUUGACGAGCUCAACGGGGUGCUCGAAUUGUCGCACGGGUUUGACCUAGAGGUGCUCAAAAUGCUGGAUAAAAAGUACGGCACCCACAUGGUCAUGGACCCAGACUUGACUGCGCUGCUCGACACGGCUGGGGCGGCGACGAUGACGACGACGGGCUACGAAGCGCCUGUGACGCUGACUUCGUCCGACGGCCAGGCGUCCCAACCUCUAUUUGGCGUCCUCGUCGACACCAAGUUGCAAUGUUACGCUACCCGAGAAGGGUACAAAUCUGGACUGCUGCAGCCCCAAGUGGCCGUCAAGUGCUUGGCAGUGGCGCCAUGGAAGGACAAGUUUGUGGGGUUCGUCGUCGACACGGAGGAAGGGGCCCCCGUGUACCUGACGGGCUCCACAGCAUCCGAGUCGACGCGAUGGAUCCAGGCGUUGCAGACAGCGCUGGACAAAUCGAACCUCAACGACCUUCUGCACUGCGUUCCAUCGGAUGGCACGAAUGUGCUGUCGAGCUUUCUGUCAAUCGAAGCGAACGGCAAACUCGUGCGGCGAUACGUUGUGCUGGAAGACUUGGAAAUCAAAGUGUACACUACGCCCGACGCCCUCCAACCCGCCGUGUGCUACGACGUCGUGGCCAUCAACGCGUGGCAGUCGUCGACCGCUCCUGGCCAUUCGUUUCAGCUGGACUGCCGCAGCGAAUGGAAUUCCGCCGUCCUGCGGUGCGUGGCAGACUCGGAAGUGAUUAAAGCCAAAUGGCAGUCGCAAGUGGCCGACGCCCUCAAGCGCAAGGCAGGGGACGAUCUCAUGCAAGACCAAGCCAUUGAGUUGUCGCACGCUACGUCGUGUGCGACAACGUUUCAACAAUCGUCAGUGCAAGGCUACAUGAUGUACCGAUCCCACGUGAAAGGCAAAUGGACGGACGCUAAAGACGGGUACUUCCUGUUGAAUCAAGACCGGUUGAUCGGGUAUGCCGAUGAAACGAGUGCUCGGGCAGGUGAUGAGUCGGCGCAGUUCAUGGUCGUGGAAGUGCAGUCGCUGUUUGAAUCCCAGAGCAGCGGAGGCCACCAAAACGACUUUUACAUCCAAGGCAAAGUAGGCCCCCAGCAGCUGACGUCCACAUUGCACUUUAUCCCACCCGAAUCGAACGACCGAGACGUUUGGGUCGCGGCCAUCACGAGCGCUCUCAACGACAGUCGCGGUGCCACGCUGUUGCUCGAACAACAAGUGGAACUGGCAUUGCACACCACCGCCGCCGCCAGUCGCACGUCGUCCGACCCUAGAUUGGGCUACGUGGUACCGACAUCGACCAUGGAGGGCACGUUGCAGCGUAUCGAAGAAGCGUUUCUGCACUUUGCACGGGACCCCCGUCGAUACUACGUGCUUGUGCGCGACACGUUGAGGUGGUUCGACACCAAGGCGGAAGCCAGCACGAGCAACCUCUCUAGCUACGACGACAACAACCACGAUGAAACCGACGAGAAGACUGACGAGCGAGCGAUGAAGGUGCUGUCCGUGUCAGAUUGGGACGGCAUGCCAUUUGGUUUCCAAGUGGACGCCAAGUACCGAGGCGUGUCUGGAUCGAUCCAGUUCAUCGCGACGUCAGAGGCGGAAAAGGAGCGCUGGAUCCGCGCGCUCAAAGCCGCGAGCGACGAAGCGGUGGCGGAGCAGACGCUGCGGGACAUCCUCACGCGUCAGACCACGCUACAAACACAGCACAGCAGCGAGAUCUUCCAGGAAGGCUUCGUGCAUCUCCGCCGAUCGCACUUUGCGGCCGCGUGGAACGAACACUACUGCGUGCUCAAGGGUCCGUGGCUGGCGACGUACGACACACGCGAAGACUUCGCCACCGCGCCAGGCAAAGCCACGAGUAAGGUCCAAGUCGUGUUCGUCGGGGACUGGUACGGCGCCGUGGCGACGGGCGGCGGCGUUAAGAACAUGUUUCGCAUUGAAACCAUCGAGCUCGGGUUCUUGGAAGCAUAUGUUGAUGACCCAGAGGACAAGAUACACUGGAUGCACACGCUGCAAACGGCCGUUUCGUCUUUGAAAGCCGACGAGCUCAUCACGCGCGACUUGGCCCUGCCGAGCUACGCGGGGGCGACCAUGGAGGGGUACCUGACAAAGCAUGGCGGCACCGUGCGAACCUCCCUCAAGCGGUAUUGCGUGUUGCUGCGAACGUUGUGGUUGUACUUUGCCUCGCAAGAAGACGCCCUGGACGGCACCGAUCCACUCGGCACGCUGCAAGUGAUUGGCCUGGAGCCGUCCACUUCUGAAGGCAUCGAGCCAGAACAUUCGUUUAUGCUGCUCACGUCGGGGCGAAAGGAAAAGUUGUGCGUUGAAGCCCGGACAGGCGCUGAAAAGCAACUGUGGGUAAAGGCGAUCCAGGGCGAGCUGAACCAGGAGGAAGCCCUUCGGGGCGACAUCCGGGCGGCAGAGGCCAAGGAACGGUCCAAGGCCCAGCAGUUGCAGGACACAGUCAACAAGUCGCGCGUGAUCAACGAAGAAGCUGCGGCGCUGGAUGCGGAAAUGGAGGCCACUCUCAAGCAAUUCGAGCACUUCAACAGUGUUGGCGACGACGACGACGGCCUCGAAGACGACGAGAGCGACGACGAUGUCACGCCUUAUGUGGAAUACGUGGAUCCCCCAACCAACCAUAUGGACACCGCCCCCGAGAACUCGCCCAUUCGACGAGCGUCCAAGAACAAAGUGCACCCGUUUGCGGCGUCUUUGCAAGAUCCAAAUCCAUCCGAUGGCUCUGCCACGUGGCUACCUUGGUCCCGGUGGUGCCGGUGCUUUGCCCCGCGCCCCCCUCUUGACUUGAAAGUGAACCAUGACCCGAUGCUCACCGACCACGAGCGGAGGUUAUACUCGUGCGAGUAUUAUUCGAACGGAACCAUGGACUCGUCGUUGUAGUAGGGAGUGUCGUUGCAUUUUAUUCAUGUACUGUAUAUAUCAUCAUAAACGUUAUCUUUGGCUUGAUUUGCACUGGAGCGGGGGGGCGAGAUCAAGUAGACGGGGCCAAGUCGAUGAAUCGCAGCGCGGUGCUGAGGUAAUCGAGCGACGCU